CCGCUACCCGAUUGUGCACUUAUCACCAUGGUUGAGACCCGCGGUGGGACGAGCACUAGCCCCUAUACCCAGGAGCAGCAAGAGAAGAUGGCCGCCAUAGUGAAGGAAAACAGAGAGAGGAAGGAGCUCCUGAAGCAAGCGAAGUUGAAGGCUAUCGCAGAGGAGCACGUGGCAAAGAUGAAGGAGUUGGAGGAGGAGAUGGAGAAGAAGAAGAAGGUUGUUGAAGAAGAAGCGGCAGCAGAAGCCGAGGAGGAGAGAAAACGAAAGGGAAAGGAAGUACAGAGCAGUGGCGCAAUGAAAGAAGAAGUAGAGAUGGAGAAAAAAAUAAGUGAGUGGAUCGCUAAUUUAUCGUUGGGGGAAGAUGAGGAGGCCGAGUUCUAUGACCCAAAGGACGAGAGGGAUGCGCUGGCCAGCGAGCUAGCCGCGAUGGAGGACCCUCUGGAACGAAGGGAAAGAGAAGAGGAGAAGAAAUUGGAGUGGAAGCUGAGGAUGAAGAGAGAGAAGAAGAAGAGGAGGGAGGAAGUUAACAGGUUGACCGCGAAAGUGGCGAAAGUGCAAGAUUGUAGGCGAGAAGUGGGGGCACACGCAAAUGUUUCUGCCAAGAUGGAUAAGAUGUUGGGUUACCUGGAAGUAUUGAGUGCAGCCUGGAUGGAGGAGCGCCAGGCCAGUUGGAGUCAAGAGGUAGCCCUGGGUGCCAUGCGGUCGAGAUUUAGGGACUUUGCGCGCGAUAUAGUUACCCACGUUGGAGGGGAAGUUAGGAGAUUGAGAGACAGCGUGGGAAAGUUUUGUGAAGCCGCCAUUGAGGGUGCCAAAGCUAUAGCCGCAGUAGAGGGCAAGGCCAGACCCCAGGGAGUCCAGGCAUACUUUCACCUAGAGAAGAAUGGGAAAGUGGAGAAAGUUCUCCGUUCCCUGACUCUCCUCGUACAGGAUAACCUUCCUUUUGACGUAGUUUUAGGAAUGGAUUGGGGAGAGGCAGCAGGGGCCACGCUCCAUUUGAGAGAGCAUGAGUGUAGGCUCCCUAGUCCGUCAGGCGAGGUUAAGACUGUCCGCUUGUUCCAUGUGUCUGGUGUAGACAACACCUUGGCACAUUGUUGUCUCAGUGCUCCCGCGUUUGCGCGAUUAGUAAAAAAGGAGCAACUGGAGGAACAGGUCUUUGUAGUUUAUGUUAGACCUGUCACUGAGGCCAAGGAAAAGGAUAGUUCCACAAAUCCAACAAUUGCCAAGCUACUGGAAGAGUUUAAAGAUUUGACCGAGUCGCCGACAGGAGUAGUGCCGCGACCCAUCCAGCACAGGAUAGAGAUCAAGCCUGGCAGUAGAACUCCUAAGGGUGCAGUCUACAGAAUGUCCCCUAGAGAGUUAGAGGAGCUGCGCAAGCAGUUAGAUGAGCUCCUAGAGAAAGGUUGGAUCAGGCCCAGUUCGUCUCCUUUUGGAGCACUAGUCUUGUUUGUCCCCAAGAAGGAAGGAGAGUUGAGAAUGUGUAUAGACUAUAGGGGUUUGAAUGCUAUCACAGUGAAGAAUGCUGAGCCACUGCCCAGGAUAGACGAUCUCUUAGAUCGGGUGCAGGGUUGCAAGUAUUUCUCUAAGAUAGACUUAAAGUCUGGAUACCAUCAGAUAGAGGUUCAUCCUGAUGACCAGUACAAGACCACGUUCCGGACUAGAUACGGGCACUAUGAGUUCAUAGUGAUGCCCUUUGGACUAACCAACGCGCCAGCUACUUUUCAGCGUUGUAUGAACGACCUGUUUAGACCGUGGUUAGAUAACUUUGUGGUAGUCUAUCUAGAUGAUAUCCUAGUUUUUAGUAAGACCCUCCAGGAGCACCAGGGUCAUCUGAGGCAGGUCUUGGAGAAGCUUAGAGAGGCUAACUUCACGAUCAACGCAAAGAAGUGCGAGUGGGCCAAGACACAAGUUCUAUACUUGGGCCACAUAUUGGACGGAGAUGGCAUUAAGCCAGAGGACAGCUUAGCUAACUAUUAUAGGAAGUUUGUGAGGAACUUCUCCACUAUCGCUGCUCCCUUGCGCCGAUUGCUAAAGAAGGAGGCAAUCUGGCAAUGGGACAAGGACUGUACGUCUGCGCUCAAGAAGUUAAAGCGCGCGUUAAUAGAGUACCUUGUCCUCAAAGUUGUAGAUCCGUCCUUGCCAUUUGUCGUCACCACGGACGCGAGUCAAUAUGGGAUAGGCGUCGUGUUGCAGCAGGAUGACGGCCAUGGCUAUAGACCCGUAGAGUUCAUGUCCGCGAGGAUGCCCUCAGAGAAGGUAGCCACCUCCACGUACGAGAGAGAACUCUACGCUCUCAGGCAGGCUCUAGAGCACUUGAAGCAUUACUUGCUUGGGAGGCACUUCAAAGUGUAUUCUGAUCAUGAGACCCUUAGAUGGUUGAAGACCCAGGCCAAGAUGACACCUAAGCUAACUAGGUGGGUCGCAGAGAUAGAUCAAUAUGACUUUGAGCUUAAGCCAGUGAAAGGCAAGUACAAUGUAGUUGCGGAUGCUCUGAGUAGGAGAUCAGACUACUUUGGAGCCAUAGUACACUAUCUGGAUAUAGGGAGAGACCUGCAGGAGAAAGUGAAGCAAGCGUAUGCGGAGGACCCUAUCUAUAGCGACCUCCUAAAAAGAGUCAGAGAGGCCCCAGAGACUGAGCCAGAUUACCGCACUACGGGCGGAUUGUUGUUUGAGAAGACUAACGUAUUUGACCGUUUGUGCAUUCCCAACAGUGAAGAGAUCCAUAGUUUGAUCCUAGGGGAAUGCCAUGAUACACAGGGACAUUUCGGUUGGCAAAAGACUCUAGCCAAUCCGAUGCGUGUGUAUACCUGGCCAGGAAUGAAGAAUGACUGCAUAAAGUAUGUCCGCAGUUGUAAAGUAUGCCAGCGUCAUAAGACUACUACGCGCGCAUCCCUUGGUCUUCUCAGAACCUUGCCUAUUCCGGAUCAGCCGGGAGACUCAGUGUCCAUAGAYUUCAUGGACACCCAAGUCAAGAGCAGACAUGGUAAGAGCUAAGUCAUGGUUAUAGUUGACCGUUUUAGUAAGUAUGCAAUCU